AUGAAGGAGAUCUUUGGUAUCCCGAGUUUCCGACUCUGCCAGGAAGGGGUUUGCAACGCAAACCUGGACGGCCGUGAUCUGGUAUGCGUGAUGCCAACAGGCGGAGGAAAAUCCCUGACAUAUCAACUGCCCGCCUUACUGACUCCGGGAUGCACCCUCGUCAUUUCUCCACUCAUCUCCCUCAUGACUGAUCAGAUCAUACACCUCGAGGAGGCCGGAGUCGAUGCAGUAAUGCUCGCCGGAUGCACGCCAAAAAACGAAGUGAAUGCAAUUCAGAAUAGGCUGAAGGCUAUGGCCAGCGGCAGAGACAACACACCUGAGAUUAAGCUAUGUUAUGUUACCCCGGAGAAGCUCUCCAAGAGCAAGACAUUCAGUUCUCUUCUAGACAAGUUGUACAAUGCGAACAAGCUAGCCCGCUUUGUGAUAGAUGAAGCGCACUGUGUCUCGCACAUGGGCCACGACUAUCGACCCGACUACCAGAAAUUGAGUGUGCUUCGCAAGCUCUUCCCUCGGGUGCCUGUCCUCGCGUUGUCGGCCACCUGCCCGCCGAAGGUGCUUAAGGAUCUGAUGCUUAUACUGCAAAUGAAACAGCCGAUACAGAAUGGGAAUUCCGCCGGACUCAAAGGCACCGUUUACUUCUCCGCUCCGCUGUACAGAAAAAAUCUCCACUAUAAAGUAGUUCCAAAACCGGCCAAGGGCGCGGACGCUAUUAGCGCCAUGAGGACAUACAUUCUAGAGAAUCACAAGGGACAUUCUGGCAUCGUCUACUGUCUCAGCAAAAAGGACGCUGAGAACACUGCUCAAGAGCUGCGUGAUCGGGAUAACGCAAUCAAGACUGCUGUGUAUCAUGCCGACGUAGGUGACAGAAACAAAGAGAACAUUCACAUGCGAUGGCGGAAUGGUGAAGUGAAUGUAGUCUGUGCUACAAUAGCAUUUGGUCUGGGUAUCGAUAAAGCAGACGUGCGGUUUGUGUUGCAUCACUCUGUGCGUAAAUCGGUAGAGGGUUUUUACCAGGAGUCUGGCCGCGCCGGACGUGAUGGAAAGGACGCGGACUGCGUCCUUUACUACAGGCCACAGGAUGCCACAAGACUACUUCAAUUGACCCUCAACGAACGGGGGUCACAAGAGAAACUGCAUGAGAUGUUGCGGUUUGCGCAGGACCUAGAGGAGUGCCGGAACGUCCAAUUCGCCAGGUACUUUUCGUCGUCUUCACAGCUAUCUGUCGACGCGUGGACAACACAGGACAAGGGGGCGCUCGAGCGCUGUGGGCACUGUGAUAACUGCACGCGCGCUCCGGACUCGCUCGCGCGCAGGGACAUCCGGCUAGCGGCAUGGCAGAUUCUCCAGGCUGCGGAACUCGCAGAACGCCAAUCCACGCGCUUGACAAUCGGGCAGCUCAGCGAUCUAGUGAGGAGCAAGAAGGCAGCUACGUUGUCUGCCAAGCCAAAGGGCAGAGGGAAGGCGUCCACCCAAGUCGAGCUAGACAUGGCUGAUGUCGCUGGUGGCGCGGUGGAGCUGUCCAAAGAGGAUACCGAGACACUGUGCGUACACUUGAUCAUCAGCCGCUACUUGCAGGAGGAUUUCCACCAGACGGCCUACUCCGUCAACGUGUAUGUCGUUGUGGGACCGAAUGCAGCUCGAUUGACACGUCUAUCACGAAGCGACAUAGAGCAAGGAAAGGGACCAGCAAUGGAGUACUGCUUUUUGAACAAGUCCAAGCGCGCGUCUGCUGCGGAGAGGUCAGCCAAGAACAAGUUGAUAGGAAACUCACAGGCUGGGGACACAAGCACAAGCGGUUCGAAGAGGAAGAAGCAGACUGCACCCGAGCCAUCAGAGGACAUUGAUGCCUUUCUCGAUAACGCGGACGACGAAAUUCAGGACAAUUCUGGCUUCAUAGACGACGAUGAGUUUGAUGCGCCCGAAGACGACGACGAACCAGUCGACUGGGAAUACUCCAUGCGAGAGGAGGCGCCCCCACGGAAGAAGCUUCGUAUUAGCAGGGUGCGUUCUCAGUCGCCGCAAGCAGUCGGCAGCGACGACCAAGAUGUAAUAUCUAUAUCAUCGGAUUGA